AUGCGUUUCUCUUCGCUUUCUCUGGUUGCUUGUCUUCUCCCGGCUGUUUUAGCCGCCCCUACUACUGAAGCGAAGAAAGACAAAAGAACAUUUGAGCUUCGUGAUGGAGUCAAUCAUACUGUCUUUUAUCAUGCUGCCACCGAUUCGACUCUCGCAUUUGUCACAAAUUCCGGCAUUUGCGAGACCACACCAGGUGUGAACCAGUAUUCGGGAUAUUUGACUGUCGGAACCGGCAUGAACAUGUGGUUCUGGUUUUUUGAAAGCCGAAACAGUCCUACAACUGCACCAUUGGCAACAUGGUUCAAUGGAGGUCCUGGAUGUUCUUCCAUGAUUGGUUUGUUCCAAGAGAACGGCCCAUGCCAAUUUUAUAACGGAGCAUCAACACCUUCUCUUAACCCUUACAGCUUUAACGAAUUCGCAAACAUGAUCUACAUUGAUCAACCAAUCGGAGUAGGCUUCUCCUACGGUACCGAUUCUGUCACCUCCACCGUUACCGCGGCUCCAUAUGUCUGGACUCUUCUCCAAGCUUUCUAUGCCUCAUUCCCGGCUUACGAGAACCGCGACUUCGGUAUCUUCACAGAAUCUUAUGGUGGUCACUAUGGACCCGAAUUCGCAUACUAUGUUGAACAACAAAAUGCCAAGAUUGCUGCUGGCACUAUUUCUGGUGAAAAAAUUGAUCUCAUUGCUUUGGGUAUCAAUAACGGCUGGUAUGAUCCUAUCAUCGCCUAUAAGGCAUACGUCGACUACUCCUACAACAACACAUUCAAGCCACUCAUCUCAGCCUCCCAGCACACAAGCUACCUGAACACAUACACAAAGUCAUGUCUUCCUCUUCUAGAAGAGUGUUCAUCGACCACUGGAUCCAACUCAGCUUGCAUAAAUGCCGAUAAUGUCUGCUAUGAAGAUAUUGAAGGACCACUUUCCAAUGGUAACUUCGACGUCUAUGAUAUUCGAGAACCAUCGAACGAUCCAUAUCCACCAGAGACUUAUGCUACCUAUUUGCAAAGCGCUGCUGUAGUGAAGGCAAUUGGUGCCAAGACUACAUACCAAGAAUGUCCAGAUGGACCUUAUGAAAAAUUUGCCUCUACCGGAGAUGAUUCCCGCUCCUUCCUCCCAACCCUUUCAUCAGUCGUCCAAUCCGGUAUCCAAGUUCUCCUCUGGGCCGGCGAUGCCGAUUUCAUCUGUAACUGGUUCGGAGGUCUCGCAACCGCCAAUGCUAUUACCUACGCCAGCUCUGCCGCUUUCAAUGCUAAAGCCGUUGCAGACUAUACCGUCAAUGGAGUUGCGAGUGGAACCUUCAAGAAUGUUGGGAACUUGAGUUGGUUGAGAGUUUUUGGUGCUGGUCAUGAGGUUCCUUACUAUCAACCUGCUUUGGCGUUGCAAGCGUUUAAGCAGACUAUGAGCAAGCAACCGCUUUCUUCUACUUAA